GCAAAGUGCAUGGAACAGUGUUUUCGUCAUUUACUAUCGGUAGUGAUAUUCUCAAUAGUGUGCCAACCAUUGCUCUUCAAUUUCCAAAUUUAUUUUGUCAACAUGGCGCCUCAAAUCGUCCUAAUGACUGGUUGCUCAACUGGAAUGGGUCUCGCGUUGGUUCAACGUCUCGCCCGAGAUCCCGACCACCGAUUCAUCAUCAUUGCCACUGUGAUCGCUAUGUCGGAGAAGACCGACCUCGAGGCAGCUGUCAAGGACGACAUUGACAAGACAGUUUUCAUCAAGGAAUUGGACAUCACAAAAGAUGACAACAUCACCGAAGUCGUUGAGAAUGUCAUUAACGAUCAUGGUCGCAUCGAUAUCUUGCUCAACAUCGCUGGUCUCGCAAUCGUCGGGAUUCCCGAAAGAUUAACGCGGGAACAGAUCGAUAAGACCUUCAAUGUGAAUGUAAUCGGGACUAUACGACUAACCCAGGCCGUCCUGCCGCACAUGAAGGAGAAGCAGUCGGGAAAGAUCAUCACAUUUUCCAGCAUAGUCGGCAGAAUAGGAGUUCCAUACAAUGAACUUUACUCUUCUUCGAAGUUCGCCGUAGAGGGCUUCUUUGAAGGCUUAGCCGCAGGCUUAAGGGCAUUCAAUAUCCGGGUGUGUCUAAUAGAACCACGACAAGUUCAGACCGAACUCCUUGAUGGGCUAACGGCCGGGCUUAAAGCAUCCGCCGAGGACGAGUCCGCCUUCGACAUCGAUCGCCGGCAGCUUCGAAAGAUGCUCGCUCGCAUGGAGGCAGGCGCACCGCCCCUAACUCGAGAGGACAUCGUCGACGCAGUGAUCACCCGGUGCAUAGAUGUUGAGAAACCCGUCUUCCGACAUUUCCUAGGUGGGAGGCUGGCUGAGAUCUUGCCGAAGACCUUGGGAGACCUGACCGGCGAAUCCACCCUUGCCAUUUUUGGGUUUGAGGCUGUUAACGCCCCCUGAAUAAUAUCCAGUUUCAGUUUUAUUUUCUCAUUUCCAAAAGAACAGUAUACAAAAUCCUUAGACAACAAUUAUAAUGAACAAUCGAUGGAUGAUAAUACGUUGCAUUUAUAUAGCGUUUUAACGAGUGUUUCUAAGUCUUCUUACAUAGGAAUUAACACAACAUCAUAAUACAAAUUACUGAACACGUACAUUAAUGGUAACAAGAAUUGAGUCAAGAAACGGUAAUAACAGAAAUGAAGAAUAAUUGCAAUUAUUACUUGAUGAAUUAGGACAGGAAGAGAUGUGUUUUUAGUCAGGAGAGAUGUACAGUGAAGGAGUCAAGAGAGGUGGACUAGACAGAUAAUCAUAUAAGGGAAGAUUAUUCUAGGAAAUGGGAUCACUGAAAGCGAAAUAAAACACGUUUACCAUGUUUACCAUAGCGAGUAAUCAAAAGGAGAAAGGGACAAUCAUUUUUUUUUUUUUUGGGGGGGGGUCCGAGGUUCAAAAUAUCGACAAACCCGGAAAAGAGGGGACCAACUGAGCAGCAAUACAAAGAUCACAAACUUUGCCAAGUUCAAAGUACAUGUAAUUAAUUUUCAACAAUAUUUCAAUCAAGUCAGGUAUGCUGGUCAGCGAGUUUUGCGCCAACUUAAACAUGUUAAAAGGACACGUAUAUACGGUUUAAGUUUGGUUUGUCUAAAAACAAUUGGCUUACUUUUCAGAUAGCACAAACGCAGACCGGGUCCUGUGAACGAUUUUUUACAGAUGGUGCUGAUUUAAAUUGCCCCCCCCCCCC